CGUGAUAUUUAAAAUGGCGGCGCCCAUGUUCAAGAAAUAUUUUCAAAAUUUGGGAGAUUUAUCUCUAGAAAAUGUUUGUUUUCGGUACAUACCCUUGGCUGGUGGUGCUAGUUGUCUAGCCUUUUCAGUGAAUAUAUUGAAUUCAGCAGAUUUCAACCGUGUGUUUGGAGAUAACAAUCUUGUUGCCGCCAAUAGUCUAUGGCUGAAUUCACACCUUGGUGUUGGACUCUAUCUGUAUAGUCGAAAGCACAUCAAGAGGGCGCCUUUACCAAAGAGGAUUCUGUUUAGCGUAUUUGGAUCUGCUAUGUUUAAUUUUGCCGUUGUUCUCAUGUGGGCUUCUGCCAAGCAAGUUGUUCUACCAGACAAACCUGCGAUUAAAACUUUGUUUGGAUUGGUUUCUGGUGCUACUAUGUUGGCUAUUGGGAGGGAAUAUCUCAAGUAUGUCGACUGCCAAGCGGGAAACAUGCUGAAUGAGGAGUGAAUAAUGAUGGGAAAUGGAAUACUAGUAUGCUGCAUGGUGUUAUUAUAGAU